AUGCUCGUCGACCUCGAAAUCACACAUCGUGACCACGCAUACCCAUGGCUGCUGCUGUGGAUGACGAACUUCCAUCGCACACAGCUCGCCGGAGCACGGCAAGGCUUGCAGGGCGGCAUACUGUCAUCACUGGCGCAACGCCUUAAUCCACGCCUUCACCAUUUGCAAGUGAGCACCGCCCAACCAGCACAAGGCCCGUCACAUGCGGCACACUUCUCAUUUGUCCCUGGUCAUGGCAAGCACAUCUUGCGCUAUGGGAGCUCGUUCAUCCUGGUGGACCGACAGCGAGAGAAGGCAUUCGACAUGUCGACAGGCAUACCGUUUGAGACCAUCACGAUGACGACCCUGUAUUCCCAACGCAAUGUAUUCGAGCGGAUAUUCGCAGAAGCGCACGAAAUGCACCAGCAAAUGCAGGAAGGAAAGACAAUCAUAUACAAUGCGAUGGGACCGAAUUGGCAGCCGUUUGGAGAUCCAAAGCGCAAACGUCCUCUGGAAUCCGUUAUUCUAGAACGUGGCGUGAAAGAGAGAAUUGUAAAAGAUGUUCAGGCUUUCAUCGAGGCGCGAACCUGGUACCUCGAUCGCGGGAUACCCUACAGGAGAGGCUAUUUACUAUACGGACCACCAGGGACGGGCAAGAGUUCUUUCAUUCAAGCUCUUGCUGGCCAUCUGGACUUUAACAUUGCCAUACUGAACGUCAGCGAGCGUGGUCUGAACGACGACCGCUUGAGUCAUUUGCUGAGCAAGGUCCCACCACGGACAAUCGUACUAUUAGAAGACGUUGACGUGGCUUUUGCAAACCGCCGAAAGGUAGAGGCUGAUGGCUAUUCGGGUGCAAAUGUGACCUUUUCGGGCCUUCUCAAUGCGCUUGAUGGCGUUGCCAGUGGUGAGGAGCGCAUCAUUUUUCUCACCACCAACUACGUAGAGAGGCUCGACGAGGCGCUCAUCCGUCCUGGCCGGGUCGACAUGACUGUGCGGCUUGGCGAAGCUACAGAGUAUCAGAUCGGAGAGCUGUGGGACCGCUUUUACGCGGAAUUCGACGCCGAGGGAGCGGGGAAGCAGCGAUUCCUGGCCCAGGUCACGCAGCUUGGGCUCAAGAACACGGUGAGCACGGCAGCGCUGCAAGGCUUAUUUCUGUACAAUAAAGACGACCCCGAGGGCGCUAUCAGCAUGGUGAAGGGCCUCACCGCCACCGGUCACACUCGGCACGCCGAUGGCAAUGUGGAGCUUCCUGGCCACGUUGAUGUAAAUAAUGUAAGAUAG